AUGUCUUCCCUUUUGAAAAACCGUCUUCAAGAAGAAAGAAAACAAUGGCGUAAAGAUCAUCCUUUUGGAUUCUAUGCUAAACCAGUCAAAGCUGCUGAUGGUUCUCUUGAUUUACAAAACUGGGUUGCUGGUAUUCCAGGUAGAGAUAAUACAAUUUGGGAAAAUGCAGUUUUCCCAAUAACUUUAACAUUUCCUGAUGAUUAUCCAUCAAAACCACCAAAAGUUAAAUUCCCUGCUGGAUUUUAUCAUCCAAAUGUUUAUCCUUCAGGUACUAUUUGUCUUUCUAUAUUAAAUGAAGAUCAAGAUUGGAGACCUGGUAUCAAUUUAAAACAAAUUUGUUUAGGUAUUCAAGAAUUACUUGAUACUCCAAAUCCAGAUUCUCCUGCUCAAGAACCUGCUUGGAGAGCUUUUGGUAAAGAUAGACCAAAUUAUGAAAAAAAAGUUCUUGAACAAGCUAAAAAAUACACAAAAUAA